AUGGAAGACUACUAUUACUCUGAGAUUAAUGAGAGCGAGCUUUUAGAUGAUGAUCGUCAUAAUGACGAGACAUUUGACGUGGGUGAAGUAGGUGAUGAUUGGGUUCCUUCAAUUACAUUGAAUCAUUUUGAAAUGAGGCACGAACACCAGGGAAGGGAGGGGAGAAAUCAAAUGAAAAGGCUCGAGGAAUUGAUGAAGUCCAAAACGCCAUUAACAGUAGAGGAGAUAGAGGCAGCAAUAAUGAGUCAAAAUUUUUCCAGAGAACAAGGCCCAGGAAUAACUCAGGAAGAAUUUCAUCAGCAGAAUUAUCUAGAUCAUGAGACUGAGCAUAAUAAUGUGAGACGUAAUCGAGUCCAUUCUGGCCAUUCUCAUAAUAAAGGAAGCCUGCAUGAAUCAUCCUUCCAACAAAGACAAAGAAAUGCGAGUAACCAACACUUUUCUACAAAAAGGAAUGAUGAUAGAGGCUAUUCUGGAAGCAGGGGGUAUAAAGGAGGUCAUCACGAUAAUUUAAACCACGAUCAGGAUGCGUCUAAGGAACCCGAACCAGUUCCUGAAAUUCCUUUUAGUAGUUAUAUUUUUCCACUUACAAAGGCCCACAUGUCUGAAAUUAUUUCAAAUAAUUUAUCAUCUCCAUCAAAUUGGAAUUAUUCUGGUUUUUCUAAUGAUACCUUAAGAAACAAUCAUUUAAUGGUCUCAAGAGACUUUGAUAUGAUUUUGAGAAUUCAGCUUCAGCAAAUGGCAGAAAGACCAGAAAUUCAGUCAUAUUCUUCUAAGUGGAAUAGAAGACUCCUUGCUCGCAAACACAAUCUCCCCUUGGGUAAUGGUGAUUCUUCAGAGGAUAGAGAUCAAUCUAAAGUGCAACCCAAAGCGGGGCAAGAAACGGGCGAUCGAUCAAAAAAUAAGUUUAAGGAGGGACAAAUUGCUGACCAAGAUCCCAAUAGAAUUCGUAAAUUCGGGAAGUCCACAUAUUCUACGGUCAGGGGAGCUAGAGAACUUAUUAAAGUGCAUAACUUAUCAAAAGAUGAUAAUUCUGAGUUGAGAGAUGAAGUAAAUAUUGGAGAAAAUGGAGAACAAUCAAAGAGUUCAAUAAGUGGAGAUUCCUUAUUUUAUACGGGAAAUAUCCAUCAUCAAGCACUUUCAAGACAAGUUUUUGAAGUAUUACACAAUAGUGUUUUUAAUUCUUCUGAAUUUGGGAGUAAAGAUGACAAUAAAGUUCAAGCUCCUGGUCCAUUGGUUUAUUCUAUAAUAGAGGCAGGAAAUGAUCUUCUGCAAGAUGUCAGUUACUUUGAUGAUGAAAUUGAAAACUGUCCAACUGGUCAUUUACAAGCAAGACUUCGUCUUGACCAGGAAUUAAGAGAUACCAUCGACUUAAUUUUUCAGCUACUAUUCGGGUUUUCAAAGUAUACUUCAGUAUCCCCAAACACAGAAGACACAGGCUACAGAAGUGGAGAUAAUUUUAAAGUUUCUGAGAUUUCUUUUACAGAAAGAAAUAUUGCUUGUUUGAACGCCAGGCGCUGGCUUUUAAACAAAAUCCUUAAUAUUAGGAAGGGAAGACACUUUGUUUUGAGUCUAUUCCAUAUGCCUCAUAUUAGCGAGGGCUAUAUGACAGUUUUAUUAGAGUCCAUUCUUGCAUGCAAUGAGCCAAUGAUUGAGAUUUUCAGAUCAUCAUCUAUAAUCCUGCCUCCCUUAAUGGCUCUUGUUCCUAGGGCUUUUAGAUAUCGGCAAGGCCAGGACAUUUUAGCACCUCAUGAUGGCUUUGGAUAUUCAGGUGAUGUAGAUCAACUUAUCGAUGACUGGAGAAAUAUAUAUCAAGGAAGUGACCCAUAUGAUGAAGAAUAUGUCACUAGGGAAGAUUUGAUGGUUAAGGCAAAGUUGGGAACAAAAAUCCUGGAAACUACAGCACUACUUGCAAACAGAAUGAUGCAAUCUAACAAUUACAGAGAUACGUCUUGUUUAAUCCCUAGUCUUUCAGCCCUCCUUAAGUUCUAUACCCAAGAAUCUAUUCAAAGCCUUUUGGGAAUUUCUACUGGGGUGGUAUUCCUUGCUCUUCUAUACAAUUCAAUUUCGGUUGUGCCCAGGCAAGUAGAGACUCUAAAGCAAAUCACGAGACUGCUUGUUUUGGCAUUCACAAAUUAUCUACUUGAAAGAGACUCGGAAAGCUCUCCGAUAAUACCUAUCAAGCUCUCACCUAAUGCUCUAAAAGACUCUGAACCUGUGGUACUUUGUGUUCUUCAAAGAUCAACAAAUGACCCGAAUCUUAAAAGCAUCCUGAUGAACUCAAUUUCUGAUGUGGUUGGGGCGGAAAACAACGAUAGAUUCAUCUCGGAAUUGCAAGAUCUAAUAGUUAGAGGAACAUCAAAAAAUUAG